UUCUGCCUCUCCAUCUGGCUCCAGAUAAGGGUGGGGAUCAGCCCUAUAAAUAGUCUCCGAUCAUCCCCCUGGCUCAGGCCCCAGCCAGCCUGGACCAGUCAGUCCAGGAUCAGCAUGGCUGUCCGCCUGUGGGUGGUUGCCCUGGCCAUGGCCGCCCUCCUCAUUGUGGACAGGGCCUCAGGGAAAGCUAAAACCACAGUGCUAGGCACACUUCCAGUGAUGGAGAACUCUCCACUUCUGGAAACAGCAUCCUUCACUGAGAAGUGCCAGUGUCCGUGGAGGGAAAGUUCACUUUCUCAAGAAUGGAAAACCAAACAGGACAUCCAGAUUGUGAAGGAUGGCAAAUGCUGACCCCAUAGCAGCCUCUUAAGCCAAGAAGCUUCAGGCUAAAGAAGAGUGGAGAGGAUGGAGGAUAUGACAUAAAAUAAAAGAUCCAGCCCAACUCAACCAAAUGGGCCAGUAUCUUUGACGACUUUGGUGAGGUGGGUGGUGGCAGUGGUGGGUGAAUGUAUGUGGGGGGAUUUUGCCCUGACCUCCCUACUCUGAAUCUAAUGUCUUCUCCAUCACUCUAAUGCUCCUCAAUGCUGUCAUGUGUCCCCGCCAGAGGUCCCAAGUAUCUUUGGCCCUCUUGUGGAGGUCAGCCCCUGUCCCCAGCGCACUUAUCUGCCCCAGCCUGCUUGUCCCUAAGGUCGAGAACUUAAGGGAUGUGUGUACCAUCUACCACUGCCUGAGGAUAUGACUUUGGGAGAGUCCUACACCCCUCAGAGCCUUCUCCUUGGGCUGUACCAGUACCCCAAGUCUUACACACACACACACACACACACACACACACACACACUCACACACAGGCUGAUACCACCAUGGCUGAUAUUUAGGUAGUAUACACAAUAUAUCUGAGCUACUUGUUAAAAUAUUGACCUAGUUCUAUAAUAGUUAAAAAUAGCUGCCCCAAGCCUUUGAGUGUCCCCUUGUACCCUGGUCACCCACAGGAAGAUGACUUCCAGACCCUGCUCUGUUCUUUUGGUCACCAUCCAUUCUGACUUAAAUAUGUUGGCAUUGGACACAACUCCAGUCACACACAGCACACAUGGACCUAUACAAUGGCCCAUGAAAACACACAGCAUCCAGAAAUCCCCCCCUCCCCAGCCCCCAGCCUGUGGUCCAUGUCAAAUAUACCCUCUUUUGAGCCAAAGAAGGAGCCACUUGAGAAUGGUGGCAGAGGAAAAGAGUGUGGAGAGGGGCCUGACCAGUAGAAGCAGUGUCACAUGGACCCAGAUUCUUCCUUUAGGGUAGGCAGAGAGAGUGGGAAAUGUGCUAUGGGAAAACAUACUGGGAAGAAAGUGGGGGCAGGAAAGGCAGGAACCAACAUUCCCCAGACAACUGAAAUGGGGACACAGACAGGAACUGUUGCUGAUAGAUUUGCAGGUGGCAGGGACUGGGAGGUUACCUAUGGGCCUACUACUGCUAUUGUUAACAGAAACUUUUGCUCCUCUCCUACAUAGGAGGGACGCAGUAUUAUGUUUGGCUGUGAGAAACCAAAAGCCAAAAAACAGUGGCUUAAAUAGUUAAUUUCUCUCGCACAUAGACCUUUGUGGUAUGCUAACUUCAUGUUCCUUAAAUAUUGUUACUCUGCCAUCAUCAGUUUCCUCUUCAAUGUACAAGACAGCUGCUCCAAUGCCAGCCAUCAUGUCUACAUUCCAGUCCACAGAGAGGUAGAGAAGGGCACUCUACUGCCUCUGAAGACACUUCCAAUAAGAUGCACACAGUCUAUUUACAUCCUAUUGGCUAAAAUGUAGUCUCUUGGCCACGCUGGCACAAUAAAACUAGGAAAAAUUAUUAUCUGGUUGGCUAUAUGCUAAGCUGAAAAUCAGUUCACUUACUAUAGAAGUGUAAAUAUUGGUGAUAUCUAAGCUUAUGCUCUAAGUGGGGAGUCCCUCUUACACUCAAUUGAUACAGCUUCUCAGCCAAGCUUCCCCUUGUUGAUCCUCCCCCUGCCAGGCCUCCACACAUGAUAAGGAAUCACAAAGAUUAUGCCUGAACAACGUGCCAGGUACCAGGCACCACACUGGAAGAAACACCUCAUUCGCCACCAAGUGAACACUUGGCCCUGUCUCUGGAAACCUAACUCUGGGCCCCUAAAGGCCUUAUCUGUGGCAUGCGACACUGCUGCCCUGGCCAUUACUGAUUGGCCAAGAUUCUUCUCCAGGAUUUUUUGAACUGAAAUAAGGGAACAACAAGCAUUUCCUCUCUGGUAGUGAAGCUGUAAGAUGUAUGAAAUCAGGGUUGCUGACAGCCAUGUUUCCUACUUUGUGGAAGAAAUAGGAUUGACAGAAUGAUACCAUCAUGCCAAGAAAGAGAUAUGGGGCACUUGGGUGGCUCAGUAGGUUGAGCCUCCAACUUCAGCUGAGGUCAUGAUCUCACAGUUCAUGAGUUCAAGCCCUGCAUCCGGUUUGCUGCUGUCAGUGCAGAGCCCACUUCAGAUCCUCUGUCCCCCUCUCUAUCCCUCCCUUGCUCACACUCUCUCUCAAAACUAAACAUUAAAAAAAGUUGAAAAAAAAAAAAAGAGCACCUGAGUGGCUCAGUCGGUUGAGUGACCGACUCUUGAUUUUGGCUCAGGUCAUGAUCUCACAGUUUGUGGGUUCAAGCCCCAUGUUGGGCUCUGUGCUGACAGUGUGGAGCCUGCUUGGGAUUCUCUCCCUUUCUUUCUGCCCCUCCCCACUCUCACACUCUCUCUCUCAAAAUAAAUAAAUGAACAUUAAAAAAAGAGAGAGAGAGAGAGAGAGAAAGAUAGAGUAAUUCCAGGUUGUGUUUGAGCUCCUGAAGUCCAACUGCCCUCGAAUGUCCCAAAGUUACAUGGGGUAACUCAACAUCCUGCCAAUAAAUUUUCUAUUUUAACAAUC